AUGGCGGAUAAUAGUUUCCAAGUUCUCAUGCAGACAAUCCCAUACAUCACCGCCGUUCGUGAUCGGAAUGCCGCCGCAUUGGUCUGUAAGGGGGCCUAUCGGACGGAAUCCGACACCAGGGAUCAUGCUUUUGUCCCUUUUUGUUACUCUACGAAUUCCCGACGAUUAUCUGCAAGAUUCCCGAAUCUCCGGUCGCUGACCUUGAACGGCAAACCAAAUACGGCGGCGGCGGAAGAUUCCGGCGGAUUGGGGGGGCUACGUGACGCCGUGGGUGGAGGAAUUCGGACGUGGAUGAUUGUUCGGGAUUCCGACCUUUACAUCCUUGCCGCGGUGAAAGGCAAAAUCCUCCGCGUUCUAAAACUUGACACAUGUUCGGGAUUCAGUACCAACGGCCUCUUACAGAUUGCAAGAACCUGCCGGAAAUUAACAACUCUGUAUUUGGGAAAGUCCAAGAUUUCCGAUUUGGGUUCCGAAUGGCUUCAUGAAAUAGCUAUGCAUCACACGCUUCUUGAAAGGUUGGAUUUUUAUCUUUCCUCUAUUAUACAUUUUAAUGUCGACGAUCUUGAGCGAAUCGCUCGAAAUUGUCCUCUGACAUCUCUAAAGAUUACUGAUUGCCGCCUCGAUAGUCUUGAGGGAGUUUUUAACAAUGCACUUUCUUUAGAAGAGCUUCGCUCAUUAGACCUGCUUUAUGCUUAUGUUGUCAGAGACGUUCUCUGCCAACUGCUGAAAAGUUGCCCUAACCUAGAAGUUCUUCAAACUGUGAAUGAAAUUGGGGAUGAAGGGUUGGCCGUAGUUGGUGAAUAUUGCAGAUGGUUGAAAAGGAUUAGAAUUGAAAGAGGAUAUUCACCCAACUUGAUUACUCAAAAAGGGCUGAUCUUGUUGGCAGAGGGGUGCCACAAGCUUGAAUCUGUUACCUUGUAUGUUGAUGAUAUAAACAAUGAAGCGCUGGAGCUUAUUGGCUGCCAUUUGCAGAAUCUGGUUGAGUUUAAUUUGGUGUUGUUGGAUGGAGAUAUUGCAUCAACUGAUCUGCCUCUCGAUCAUGGGGUCAAAGCUUUUCUCAUCAGUUGCCAGAAGACACUUACAGUGCUUUCACUAUAUCUCAGGCCUGGCAGCAUAACAGAUUUUGGCCUAGCUAACAUUGGGGCAUAUAGCCUCAACAUCAGAAAGAUGGCCCUUUGUGAUGGGAUAGGGAACUCAGAUCAAGGCCUUAAAGAUUUGUGUAAGGGUUGCCCAAGCCUACAGGAGUUGGUAUUAAGGAACUGCAUUUUCUCUGACUGA